AUGGAGAGCCCUCACGAGCAUCAGCAGAAUCUUCUGCUAUCCCGUAUCAUCACCAACGUUGAGAAACUCAACGAGUCUAUCGUUGUCAUGAACAAGAGCCUUCAGGAGAUCAACAUUCAGAACAUGAACAUUGAGCUCGUCGCUCAGAUGUUCAAGAACUACCAGUCCAACGUGCUCUUCCAUCUAGAAGCUACGGACAAUCUGAAAGAGCCUUCAUGA